UUAUGUAGUUUAAAGAGGUUAUGUUAUUGUUAUAUUUUUAUUUAUGUUAUUACUUGUUAACCAUCGAACUGUAACGUUUGUUAACAAAUCUUGAUCGGUUGUUUUCAGGUUUCUCAUUUCCAAACUACUUUUCCAUCUUUAAAGCUGCAAUUUAAAUCACAACAGCAUGGGUGAGCGCAAAGGAACGAACAAAUACUACCCGCCAGACUAUGACCCCAGAGCGGGGGGUUUAAAUAAAUGGCAAGGAACACACGCACUAAGGGAACGUGCCCGUAAAAUUCAUAUGGGCAUUAUCAUUGUUCGUUUCGAGAUGCCCUUCAAUAUAUGGUGUGAGGGCUGCAAUAAUCAUAUUGGAAUGGGCGUUCGUUAUAAUGCGGAAAAAAAGAAAGUUGGAAUGUAUUAUACUACGCCCGUGUUUGAGUUUAAAAUGAAAUGCCACUUGUGUGAUAAUCACUUUUUGAUUAAAACUGAUCCUGGGAAUUUGGAAUACAUAGUUUUGUCGGGAGCACGUCGGCAAGAAAAUAGAUGGGAUCCAACACAGAACGAACAAGUUGUGCCUGAAACUAAAGAAACGCAGAAGCGCUUGUUUGAUGAUUCAAUGUUUAAGUUGGAGCAUGGUACUGAUGAUCAAAAUUAUGCGGAGAAUGCAAAGACAGCACUGGUUAAUUUAUACAAUAGAAACGAAUCAACAUGGGCUGAUGAUUACAGUGCCAAUUGUAUGUUAAGACAAGCUUUCAGGAAAAAUAAAAAUGAUUUUAAAACAUCCAUUGCAAAAGAUAACGCCUUAUUGAAAAAGUCCAGUUUGAACAUCAAAUUGGUGCCAGAAGCAGAAGAAGAUAAACAGUUGGCUGCUGUGCUCAGUUUAAAGUUGAAACCCAAACUGGAUGCAGAAAAGACCACAGAAUUGAUCCGAAAGAAUAUUAUCAGCGAGUCAUCUUUGCCAUGUACUUCUUUUACACCUGCUAAAGAACGAAAAGCCAUCAAGGUGUUAAAUAACAACGAUUUAAAAAAAUUAGUUUUAAUUAAUAAGCCUACACAGGCUAAAAAAAUCAAGUUGACGCCUUCUCUAGUGGGAGAUUAUGGUAACUCCACUAGCGAAUCGGAAUAAGUGAAGUUAAAAGUUGUGGCAUGUACUAUACCUACCUGGUUAAUCAAAAUGUGGAAUUUAGAAUGAGAGGCCCAAAGUGAUAUGAAGAUUUAAGUCUUAUUCAACUAUGCCAUGUGUUAUAAAUCAAAAACUGUUUGUCACACAAGCUCUUAAAAUACUUUUGAAUAAAUAAAGUUGGAUAUUAUUGC